AGUGUGUUCAAGUCUACUACAUACACACACUGCUCUGUCAGCAACUACAGCUAUUAAAACUGGAAUAUUUCACACUUGGAUUUUAAGCUUUAAUUUGUUGUUUUGUUUUGUUUUUUUAUCCAAUUUGAUCUUCAUCCAUCUGCAGAUAUGACAAUCAGAACAGCCCGUCCAAACCGGGGCCAACAUUUCCGGCCCCGCAUACACUGCUUCAAAAAGCUGGAGGCCAUUGUGGUUGAGAUGCAGGACCCAAACACUGGGGUCAAGGGCUCAGAGCAGAAACUCAAUGUCACUACCAUCCCACAUGUCGUCACUGGUAAGGACAUCAUUGCAUGGAUUACCAACAAGAUGAAGAACACUACAGAAGAGGCUGAGGUCUUUGGCACCAUGUUAGUGGCCUAUGGCUACAUCUAUCCCCUUCAGAACCACAAGAAGCUGGUCAUGUGCAAUGACACCAGCCUCUACCGCUUCCAGACCCCAUACUUCUGGCCUACUCAGAAAUGGGUUGCAGAGGACUGUGACUAUGCCAUUUACCUGGCAAAAAGAAACAUCCGCAAGAAAGGCAUGCUGGAACCCUAUGAACAGGCACAUUACAACCACCUCCAUGAAUGGCUGAACCACAAAUGGGACUUUAUUGUGAUGCAGGCCACCGAGCAGUACAAGGCUGGUAAGGAGAGAAAGAAGCCGGAUCGUGUGGUGUUUGAUUGCCAGGAGAGGGCUUACUGGAUAGUGAACAGGCCACCGCGUCGUACUCACAGUGCUUUGGACUGUGGUCCAGAGCAUCUCAUUGAUCCCAAUGCAGAUGAGAAAAUCACCUUUGACACGUACAGACGCAUGAACAUCUUCUAUCAACAAGCUAUCAUGAGGUCAAAGGUCAAAUCUAGUGUGUCCCUCGGAGCACUGGCCAAGUACAUCACAACGUACAAAAACCAUGACCCGUUCCUGGCUCCCUGUCUACCCAGCAACCCCUGGCAAACGGACAAUGAUACAUACUGGACUCUCAACAUGAGACGAGUCGAGGUUCCCACAAAGAUGCGAGUCGAGCGCUGGUCCUUCAGCUUGUUCGAGCUGCUAAGCGACCUACGAGGCCGAGACGAUUUUAAGGUUUUCCUCAAGAAGGAGUUCAGCGGGGAGAACUUGGCUUUUUGGGAAGCAGCUGAAGAACUGAAGUGGGGAACUGCAUCUUCCAUGUCAUCAAAAGCUGAGUCCAUUUUCAAGACCUUCCUGGCCCCUGGCGCCCCCCGCUGGAUCAACAUUGAUGGCAGGACAAUGGGUCUGACAGUGAAAGGGCUUGAGCAUCCUCACCGCUACGUGCUGGAAGCAGCUCAGACACACGUCUUCCUGCUCAUGAAAAAGGAUACUUUCUUCCGUUACCUCAAGUCACCAGUAUACAAAGACAUCCAGAAGAAGGCACUGAACCCUGUGGCUCAUAACUUCAGUCCAGCCCAGCUGGAGCAAAAUGCCAGUAACCGAGGCCUAGGCAUCCAUCCCAUCAUCCUCUGGCAGCAGGAGGAGCAGGAAAAGGCCAAGAUAGCUGCUGCCUCUGUUCCUGUCGAUGUCAAGGCUAUGAUGAGCAAAAUAGACAGGAAUAAGUAAAGACAUGUAAUAUGUGUGUGUAUGGGGUUCCACAUGUCAUGUCACACGCAAAGUACGAACACAGGAACCAGCCCUGUUAGAGUGUAUACACUGUACAGAGGAAUUCGCUUUGCUCUUCAGGGUUAUGCCAAUGACUGUUGUUCUGUUUUAGCUAAUUAACAAAUGUGAGAAAUCCAGUUUUCAUUAUGGAACGAUUACUAAACAGGCCUACAACACACAGGCCCAGGGCUCUCCUCAGACAGUGUUUGAAAUGACUGUUUACAUUUCUUGUUGAAAAAGUCAAUCAAAUGACAACGAAAAAGAUGCAGAACGACCACAAAAAAGAAGUCAGAACUACAAAGAGACAUAAAACGAUCACAAAGGAAGAAACAACCACAAAGAGCUGUAAAAUGACUACAGAGAGAUUCAAAACAAAAUCAGAGACUCAAAACGAGGAUCAAAAAGACUACAAAGAUACUUAAAAUGUAAAAAGAGACUCAAAAUGAAAAAACACGGACGUGAAACAACUGCAAAGAGACUCAAAACGACUACAAGAGACACACAUGACUACAAAGAGAACAAACGGAUUCCAAACGACUACAAAGAGACUCAUAAUGACCACAAGAGACGCAAAUGACUAUGAAGAGACUCAAUAUAAAAACACAGAAAUGCAAAACAACUGCAAAAUGACUCAAAAUGAGUACAAAGAGAUUCAAAACAAAAACAACGGGACUAUGAGCUCUUUUUUUUUUAGAAAAUGAUACAGCAGUUCCAGAGACUUGCCACAAGUAUUUUGUGUUUCUAUGCAAAUAACAUUAAUAAUGUCAAAAGUUGUAUCAAGAAAUCAAAUUUAUCUCAUGCUAUAUACAACAAAAUGUUAUUAUUGUGUUACAUUAGCCGCUUUAUCCAAAGCCAAGCCUAUUGCUAGUCUAAUUUUCUCUAGAGCUAACUAAACAGCAUUUCUUUUCUUUAGCUGAGCUUGUAAUAGUUAUAUUUUUUCCAUGCGUAUUACCCCAUACCACACACUAUUGUGUACAUUAGACGCUGGCUUGUGUUGCUGCUGUACAUAUGAAAAUAGAAUAAUUGUGGCUAUAUAUACUGCUGUCUACAAAGAUGUUUAAUCAGAUUUAAGAUUAAUUUCUUUAUGGAAUAUUUUCACAGUAUGUGUAUUUGGUUACUUGGGCAAAUUUAA